AUGUCGACAUACUCACCGCAAUACCAUCAAUACCCGGAACAACAGGUUUUCAUCGACCCGCAUGCAUUUGGAUAUGGUCAAUAUGACAACCGACGGUCGAAGACACCAACCGACUCCCUGAUCAAUCAUACUGGACACUCCCCUGGCCCGCUUGCGACCCCACCACUUGCGAGCCGCAAUCUGUCGCAACAAUUGGAACUACCUCAAGACCAACCGCCAGAGUAUAUGCAAUGGGAGAAUGAUAGUUCUUCGACUUCGCCUACGUCCGUAAGGACACCCGACGGCUCAUCCUUUGAGGGAGAAAUGACUGAUUUCUCGCCCAACUACCACCACAACGGCAACACAAUGUCAACGCAAAGCUCAUAUCACUCCAUACCGGCGGUGGACUCUAGCAUGUUACUCAGUGAUCAAGUAGUCCAGGCGGCAUUUAACGCUACAAUGGCUGAAACUCAACAGUAUCAGCAACAAUAUACCAUGCAAAGCCAACAAGCCCACCAGAUUUCGCCGGUACAUGCUCAGACCAACAUGUUCAAUCAGAACUACACCACCCAGCCACCUCGCCAUGACCCUUGGAACGGGCAAGCACCUUCGCGGUCUUCGAUGAUCCCUCGAUCUGGCCAUGUUGUUUUCGACCCUGCGAGCGAUCAUAUCAAUUACUCCGACUAUUUGAUUGAUGUGGACUCGUGGGCGGCGCAAUACACAGAUCCUUCCUCCUUGAUCUCGCCCAGCGAACCUACCACAUCAUUCCAAGGAGAACUAUACUUUGCGCAAGGUCAAAAUCUCCCUCAUCGCGCGUACGAUCAUGUACCACGGACGCAGCUACCGAAUCAUCAGUCGAUAGAAAUGCAAUUAACGCGGGCAUCACCGCCACCUGACCAGCAAAAUUUCGUCAACUACAACGCGUCGUCCAGUCUCUUUACGGAUAGUUACAUUACCAGCAACCAAUUCCCUGCCCCACCGUCGACGGCAUCAUCAACCGGCUAUCACCCAAGGUCUCCGUAUCAGCCAGAGAUCAGCCCUUCUGCACCUAGUCCAGGAAGUUCCGAUGGCGUGUACUCCUCGUAUCAGCAUUCCGACUCUGGCAUGAUGUUCGACCAGUACCAGACUCAACAGUACACUCAUAUGCAACAGCUGCCACAGAUACAGCAACCACAACAGCCUCCCAUCAAGGUAGACUAUUCUAUGAUGAAUGGUGUACCUGAAAUGAGUUUCGAUGCAUCUCCUGAACCAGAAUCAUCCCAAAGUGCAGCACAAAAGGCUUUGGCAGCGAAGUCAGGGGGUAGGGCGUUGGGCACCCAUCUCGAGCCAACUGUUGCCAAAGCAGCACAUGACAUGCGCAAAAUUGUUGCGUGCUGGCAUUGCGUGUUGCAGAGAGACAAAUGUGGACCAGGCGAUAUAUGCGAGCGCUGCUUCAAGCGGUCACAGCGACCAAAUGCCGAUUGCGGUCUUGGAUGCAACCGGCUGAAGCUCAUCGAUUUGUCGCCAUACUUCCUUCCUUCCCUUGUUACGCAGAUGCAUGAGGACGCGAACCUCACGCAUUUUGUGACUCAGUACAUACAGCAGUGGGGAAGCGUUGAACUAACCGUCAUGAUGACAUGCGGUCAGGACAGCAUGCCACGGAUACCGGUGAAGGUAUACGAAUUUAUACCUCGCGGAGACGCUUUGUUGGUACAAAUCCAGUACAGAACCGACCCUGUCACACAUGCAAGGGUCGCUAUUCAGAAGCAAAGCCCAGCAUUAGGCAUGGUACACAUCAACCACAACGAAGAAAAGAAGUACGACAGGUACAUCACUGAAAUUGUCGAUCACCACCUCGAUGCCUUUGGCGAACUCUGUUGGAUGGAAGACGACAACGACUUCCAGCAGAAACUCUUUAAGCUGAUGACGCGUGUGAAACCCAAAUCAGAAGAUGAAGCAAAAUUACUCCGCGAGAUUUUCCGCCUCAUCGUAGUAACCUUCAUCAUGUCACACACGCUCACUAUCGCCGAGGAAACUAAAGUCGAUACACUAUCCCGUAUGCACUCGUACGGCGGCCACAACUCCUACGUCGAGAACUACACAUCGCCGCGCAUGACCAACCGGCAACUCAAGUACUUCUUCUCGCGCCUCCAACGCUCUAUCCAAACCACUGUCCUCAACAAGCUCCAGCAAAUCUUCAAAUCUUCCAAAGGUUGUGACAAAUGGCUUGCAGCCUUUGUUGCGGUGCUAGGGAUGUGCAUGGCACUUGAAGACCAGCAAAAGACCAUACACCUUGUUAUGUCCACCAAGGCUACCACGGAGGGCUUGGAUCAGAGAGACGCGCAGAGCCAGGCGGAUAUCGCGUGUCGUGAGAUCGAUCAAAGGAUGCAUUUCGUGCAGCAGAUAUUCAGAUGGAAGUACAACCGCAAGCACAACCCUAUGCGUGAUGCAGAUCACGACUGGGAAAAGGAAGUGGGCUUCGGGGAUGCAAGCAGUGUGAGCUUCGUGAGACAAGUUGCGCAGUUGGUCAAGGAAAACAUCGAUUUCUUACAACAACGGCAGCAGGUCAGCAUCUCGAGUGAUAACCAGACAAAGUAUACGUCACGUCUUGUGGGCCAGUUUCUGCUCUCGUUCUGGCUUCCUAGCGUAUAG